CCGUUCUCCUACUCGGCAACUGUCACGUUUUAUCGUCCAUCCACCAAAUUCUCUCGCACAUCCUCGCCCAAACAAAUACAAAGACAGAAACCACAAGAGAAGACGAAUCGAUUGCCUGUCUUUCACGGCAACAACCUUCGCGUGUUCGCCCUCAGCUCCAUACAAAAAUGGCUGCGACAUUUCCAGAUGCGAGGCCGCAGCCGCCGUCGCGCGCUUCCAGCAAGUCCUCCAGGGCAUCCCUCAGCCUCGACUUGUCCAACAUACCGCCAUUGCAACAGCCCACCCCUCCUUCCAACACCCUCCUCAUCACAAACCUGCAAGAUCUCUCUGUCUUCCGUCCCGACAACCUGCAGACCAUUCGGGACCUCAUCUCCAAGACCGCCUCGAUUCACACUUGGGCACCCUUGAAGUCCUUCCGUCGUAUCCUGGUAUCUUUUUACUCCGAGUCCGACGCCAUAGCCGUGCGCUCUAUCUGGGAUGGUGAGGCCAUCAUGGGUGAGCGCUGCCGUGUCUACUUCGGCCAGCCCACGCCCGUCAGUACCUCGCCCAAGGAUACGCACCUGUCACUGCCCGAUGCCGGCAAGCUGUUCUUCAUCUCACCUCCACCUUCGCCUCCCCACGACUGGGAGCAGCGCCUCGAGGGGGCCCCGAACAAGGAGGUCCAUGCCGAAGACCUGGCCGAGGCUCUGGCAAAGUUACGUCACAGCGCGGCGCCCAACAGCAUGGACGUGGCGGAAUCACCUAUCAGUCCCGUCGAGGGGAAGAGUCCUGGUGGCUUCAGCUCGAGGACGACGAGAAGCCGGAGCUCGACCCUGAUUUUCCAUCCCGAGGAACAUGGCGGCUCGCCAAACCUGCCCUGCGUCAUGGUCGAUGACAUGACCGAGGCCGCUGAGGAGGUCGUGAGUCCUAUGGACGUCGAGCCUCGCCCUAUCAUGGCGCACACAUCCCGCCCGCCUGUGGAGCUUAUGAUGGAUGGUGCCUGAGCCAACACAGGAACAUACAGAUUCUUGUUUUUUCCCUUUUCUUUUCUUGUUUUUCUAGGUGGUUGUUUUGCGAGGGCGUUAAGGUUACACGAGCAAAUGCAUCGCGGUCACAAGAUUAUAUUUCUAGCAUCUGGCCACUGACAAUACUGGCUCACAGCCUGUGUGAUGGCUUUGGUAAGCAACGGUACGAGUUUUAUGGGAGUAUAAACAUGGGCGUUGCUCACAGAGGGUGUGAGCAUGCAGCGGGAAAGGGCCGCUGCUGUACAAUAGCUUGAUGCAGCACAAAAUUGUCUAUAGCAAGCCGCAAAUGUUCAAAUUUGAGAUGAAGAAACGCAGCAGCAAGAAUCUUAUCUGCAUGCGCACACACAAAUCGCCGGCCCUGCCUAUUCCAACAUCAUCACUACAAAGUGUCAAAACCUAGCAGCGUAUCGAGCUCCUAGCCACACUACCAGUCCCGCCAGAAGAGCCAUAAGCACCAACGCCGACAAAUUGGUGUGCUCAGAGGAGUUGAUUCGCUUGCCUGGCCCCAGAUCCUCAGACCCGCCCGGCGAGGUGGUCAGAUCUAAUUGCGGCACGAACUUGAAAUCAAAGAUGUUCUCCUGACCCAGUCCUACUGUCUUGUCUUGGACCGUCAUCCUGUAGAACAAUUUGCGUACGCGCUCGAUCCUCUGUCUGUCCCAGGACGGAACUGUCCUGUACAGGUAACAGGUGCACAUGAAAUAUAAACACUGGGCCGCCACCAAGGCCUUGUGCCAUUGUCUCGGCUCCGGGAUUCCCAAGGCAAGCGACAGCUCGGUCCCAUUCAACCAGUGUGCCUCGGCGCAUAAGAAAUCCCGACUGGCGUAAGUCGGCGGCUGACAGCUCAGCCCGGUAAGGACAUUGUUGGCGAGUACCCUGGAGGUUUCGCUUGGCACUAACUCCGCCACGAUCAGGUUUUCAAGCAUGACCUUGGACUGCUGCCAGUCGGCCAGCCACGGGUCUGUCGGCGUCCCGAGAAGAUACCCUACCCACCGCCACAGGGCGUGAUAGUCGACGAUCUCUUGUUCACGCAGGUAGAUGCCCUGUCUGGGCAGCCCCAGCCAGAUCAGCGCCGCUGAGAAGCUGAGUACGGUGCCGAUACAGUCCAGGUCGUUGAGAGGUACGCCCCAUUCCGCGACAUCGAAGUAGCCGGGCUUCUUCCUGGCCAGGGACAUGAUCCUCCGCCUUACACUUGCAUGGAGCAGGCGGACCCUAAUUGAGCUCACGAAGCCGUCACCACCGGGUCGGACGCUGUCCAGGUCCUUGGUAACCUGGAGGAUAUGCUGGAAGGUUUCGAGAAGACGGUGCUU